AUGGAUCGUCUAUUAGAGGACUUAUCUACAGAUAUAUUGAGGUAUCCGACAUCAAAAGGAAAUCCUUUUUCUUGGCCAGCUCCCGCUGGGAUUUCAGGUGGAAUACUGGCAAUCCGUGCUAGAAUCACAUUUGAUUUUCGGCGUAUUUUUAUGGCCGAUGGUAGGAAAACGCUAUGCGAAAACAAUUCUAAAAAACGGAACAGAUAUAAAGAUAAUUUAUUCAUAAGGAAUUCUAUAAAAGAUGCGUAUGCUCGUGAAAACAAAAAAUGUAUAGACAUUACUUCAAAGAAGAGUCUUAUCAAGAUUGGAAACAACGAGCCUGUGAAGCCUGCUGUAGCAUCAGUGCUGCUAAACUUGGAUUUGUCUUCAUGGACAGGAUUACCAAUUAAAGAAUUACUUAGCAAGCAAGAGAAAACUAAAAUCCGGGUACAAUCGUCUUCACACUUGAAGAAGCGUCCUAUCCAUGUCAUUGAAGAAGAACCUCCUAAGAAGAAGGCUCUAGCAUAG